AUGGCACCCGUGGCUGCUACGAUCAACACAGGCGGGCCCGUCAAGAAGAAGACGAUGCAUAUCACAUGCAAGCAUCGCCCCAGCGCGUCCAGCGACGAUGUUGAUGCGAUUGAAUUCGUCGUGACCUUGCAAGGCGCGGCGUCCGAGGGACGUCCACGUCGUCGCCGGGAGCGCGCGGCCAUGCAGCGCGACAGCUACGUGAGCGCAAUGGACGCCGCGGCGGAGGCGCUUGGGGCGGCGGUCGACUGGACGAACGACGCGCUGACAGCCUUUCUUGUCGAGCACGCGAUCGAGGCAGACAAAGAGGCGCUGCCCGACGCGAGCUUGCCGACGUGCCUCUUGUUCUUCAACGCGCACGGCUUGCAGCUCGACACCCCGCGGUACCUUGCGUCGCUGCCGCUGCCCAAGCGAUCGAAGCUCCUUGUGCAGGAUGUGGCUUCCGUCUGCACGGAUGGCGUCUACCAUGUCGUGACGCUCGAACACAACUACAUGACGCUGCAUGGCCCCGUGCACAUGCAAUGCCUGACGUGCGUGGUGGCCAAGGACGGAGUACAGACGUACUAUCGACCUCCCGAGGCGGGCCUACCUGCCGUGUGGCUGCCACUGGACCACGCCCGCGAACCAUAG